UCAUUUCACUCCGGAAUCCCCUCUCCCCCAACAACUCCAUUGGCAUCGGACCUUCACCCCUUCACUCUUAUCUACCCCCGGUCAAUUGCCUCCACUCUUCUCCUUCUCUCAAUACCUCCGUCCAUCACUUUUGCUUCCUUUUGUGCGUGCCCACAUCCUCGUCCUGGCCGUGGUCCUUGUCUAUCAUUCCCGAACAAGCAGGCGGUCAGCUUCUCGUGAAGCCCCCGAAAAGCCACCCAGACGCGGCCAUAACAAACGAGCGCACGCACUCGAACGUCCUGCAGUUGAUCAGUGGCCUUUUAGUCUUUCCUCUUAUCUGGGCCCUUCUCCCCCUUUCACUGGUGGACACGGCGUGGAACGCGGUUCCUCUGCUGUUGUCGCUCCCCGGGGGACCUGAUCUCGCUUACUCCGGUGCGGAUACCACGGGGUUAGGAGAACGAGCUGCCACAGGUCGUCGCUUUCGAUUCAUCGCGGUAUCGCUUCACUAUAGCUUGACUCGCCACGGCUGAAGUCGACGUGUCUGUUCUUUGAAACUCUGGAUUACAUGGCUUGGCAAUCUUCCUCCGUUGGAGGGAUGUCCGGGGCCAUGGGUGACUCGAAUGGCGGGCACCCGCAGGGAACGGAGUAUACUCUGCAAGGUGUGAUGCGCUUCCUCCAGACCGAAUGGCACCGACAUGAACGCGACCGCAAUGCAUGGGAGAUCGAACGCGCGGAGAUGAAGUCUCGUAUUGGCCGGCUGGAAGGAGAGCUACGUACAAGCAAGCGCAUGCAGGAAUCAUUGGGCAAACAUGUUCGGUUGAUGGAGACGGCGCUAAAGAAGGAAAGGGAGAAGGUCAAAAAGCUCUCAAACAACGAGUCCAUUGAGGAUCUGCAAGAUCCCAAGGACAUCGCGCGCGAGAGCGUCAACUUCCUCAAGGAACAACGAUCUGCUUCCAAGUCGAACCCGGAUGCGAACCCGGAUGAUCCCACAAACCCCGAAUCGCAAGACCUCACCUACGAAGACGAGCGAGACAAAUCCCGAGUUUACCUUUCGAAAUGUGCACAGGAAAUUGCAUAUCAUGUUAUCCCCACAUCCCAUCCCGUUCCCGAUCUCAGCGACCCAGAUCUCUCGGGCCAUCUGUAUGGAAACCAGCAGCUCUCCCAGCAGAACCUCGAGGAGGCAUUUCUCCAGCAACAACGACAAAAGGCCAACCAUAUGAUUUCACGUGAGGCGGUGCUUUCUAAUAACCAGCAGAGUGGUAGCCAGUACCCUGAAAAUGCGCCUCCAUCGCGCGCCCAAAAUCAGUACAAUCAAGUUCCCCUCACUGUUGAGCGGCGUCAAAUCGAGCAGCAGCAACAACAGCAAACUCCUGUCACUGCGAUUGACAACCGGAAACUAGCCUACGAGCAAGGAAUGAUUGAUGAACGUGCUGCAUCGGGGACACAGCAGUCUGCGCACGAUGCUCCAGGGCCUUCAGUUGCCAUCAAAGAGGAUUUGCAGUCUCAUAAUGUAACUGAGCAGGGCACUGAGGAUGUCGACGGCUGGAACUUUGAUGAGCCUACCGAGGUGGUGCCCGCUACCGAGUCCAUUCCACCCCAUCGACCUGAUACCGACGCAUUCCCCAAUGCCAAUUUCGUUCGUGGCAAGUCCCCGUCAAGGGGCGGGUCCCUCUCCCAUCGACGAAAGAGCUCAGGCGCUCGGCGGAAGAGUGACGGCAGCAUUGAAACCAGAGAUUUUGGCGCGAACGCUAGUCAGCAGGAUACCAACUUCAAGGUUCGAUUCGCCUUGCGCGGACAUCUUGAUGUUAUCCGUUCUGUGAUCUUCACCGGUGGUGGUAGCCCGUCUGAGCCGGAGAUUUGUACAUGUAGCGAUGAUGGUACGAUCAAACGCUGGAUUAUCCCUGCAACCUAUGGAACGUUUGGCGCUCAUGGGCCGAGCUCGAGCAACGAUUUGGACAUUACCAGCUAUUUCACCCACCGUGGUCACGUUGGUGCGGUCACCUCGCUUGCGGCUUGUUCCCCAUCGCAAAACAUCUCCAACGGUGGUCGGGCUUUGGGUGAUGGGUGGGUCUUCUCCGGCGGACAAGAUGCCAGUGUGCGUGUUUGGGAACGUGGUCGGGUUGAUCCCAAAGCCACCUUGGACGGCCAUACAGAUGCCGUGUGGGGGCUCUGCGUGCUUCCGGGGACGGCAGGUUCUGUCUUUGGGGACUCGAGUAGUCACUAUGGAGGACCUGACCGAAUCCUGCUCGCCUCCGGUGCUGCAGAUGGCCGAAUCCUGAUAUGGGCUGUUAGUGCUCCGCCUCUGGCAUCCGUCCCCCAGGCCGGUUCGCGCCGUCAAGGUGGAAGCCGUCGUGCAAACUCCAUCUCUUCUGGAUCCAACUUCCCAUCCUCUCCGCAACCGAGUGUUGCCACAUCCACACCAUUCCAUUAUACCCUCGUUCAUCACAUCAUUCGCAGCGAUUCUCCUUCUCCAACCUGCAUUAGUCCGUUGUCUUUGGCCGGGGUGAACUUUGUUGUGUCCUACACUGAUGCAUCCAUCCUCGUGUACGAUACGCGAACUGGCGAAGAAAUCGUGGGCAUGGCCAGUCUGGAAACCUAUGACGGCACGCCCUCUACUGGCGUUAAUUCCGUGGUCACCACAACCGUCGGAUUUGAUGGAUCCGCAAACUUGGACCCUAGCCGCACCAUGGCUGAAGAAGAAGUCGUACAUGGAGCUACUGGAUCUAGUAGUGGGGAAGGCGUGAUUAUCAGUGGCUAUGAAGACCGUUACAUACGUUUCUUUGAUGCCAACAGCGGUCAAUGCACUUACACCAUGCUGGCCCAUCCAGCCGCUAUUGCCUCGCUGUCCUUGUCUCCAGAUGGCCGUGAGCUCGUCUCAGCUGGCCACGAUGCAAGCUUGCGCUUCUGGAAUCUCGAGAAGCGCAGUUGUGUUCAGGAGCUGACUAGCCAUCGUCUCAUGCGGGGCGAAGGUGUCUGCGCCGUUGUCUGGAGUCGCGAUGGCCGCUGGGUCGUUAGUGGUGGUGGAGACGGUGUUGUAAAGGUCUUUUCCAGAUAAUCAAUCGACCGGACGAUGAGAUGACAGCCUUGUAUGAUCCUUCUAUUCUCUCUUCUUUCUGCCUUUUAUCUUCCAUUUGCUUUCUAUUCUGGUGUGCAUUUCUUCGGUCUUUUCCCCAUCGUGAUAGGAUCUCACAAACCGGAUGAGCAAUUGGCCGGGCCAGAUUUCCGUUGAGCAUUUGCAUUGGUGUCCUAUCCAACUGUUGGCAUAUGGAACUCUUCUAUGUGGUUUUUAUAUUUUUCUUCUUCUACAUGUGUACUUCUGACCCUUGACACUCAUAUGCCGUCUUCGCGAUGAUUCCCUGGCGUACAUUCCUGAGCAUCCUGUCAUCCCUGCAUCUCUUGCUCUGCUCUGCUCUGCUCCUGCCCUUUGCUUCGGUGCAUGACCGUUGUCCCACUUGACAUGGCCAUGCUCCCUCAUCAGAUUCCCUUGUUAUUUGAUUUCUCGAUGACUAUUCCGCUUGCACUAUGAAGAUUCCAUACCCCCCUGGUCGCCGUUCUAGGGGCUAAAUAACUGGACAUUCUGGAUUUGCUCUUUUCUUUAUUGGGUUGUUGGAGAUAUCCCUCCGAGACCCUAUCUAUGUGUGUAUAAUAAUGAAAUCCACAUUCCAAAUUUACGAUAUUCAGCCAUGUGGCUUCGUUGAAGUUCCAUCAAUUCAUGGGUAUUAUGAAGGCCAUACAUGUAGCAUUAAAUAGGUAUUUGCAACGUUGUCAGAGUAGACAUGCCCUGUUUGGGCCCUCUAUUGAUUGGAGCUCCAAGCACCCUUGAAGAGCACUGCUAAGCGCUUCGCCUCAUCAGCAUCCUUCAACCGCUGCUCCAUGAAUCCCUGAAGAUCAUCCCAGAAAGCAUCCGUCUUCAAUAACUCUGCACCACUGGGCCCCACCGCUGGCUUGGGUACAUCUUGUUCUGCGGCGGCCUCUGGCUGGGACUCGACCGUUUCGACCACCUGGGCGCCUCCAAUAAUCAUGACACCGAAUUCGACCUCUUUACCUCCGGUCAGCAUCUCGGGCUCAUCGGACAAGACCUCGGCCACCGUCUUCCCAGUUCCAGGUACGGGCUUGCGGCGAUAUAGGAUCUUGAUCUUAUCCAAUGCUACCGGGUUUCCUUGUGCGUCGGUGACACGUUCCCGGACGGCAUCUUUCAGGUCUUGGACGGAGGUAGUUGUGAUGGGCGCAUUGGUAAUGCUGAACUCGAGGGUCGGGUUACGGGCAGACUUGACUCUGAUAUUCACCGAUUUCGACGCGCCGGGGGCCUGUGUCUGCUUUGUUUUCUUGGGCAUCUCCGGGUGCGGGGCUUGCAGGCGGGGGAGGGUG